CGAACAGUGGAUUUAACAUUUGGAUUAUGAUAUUUAGCUGAGGAUAUUUCACUGCUUGUCAAAGCAGGGACGUCAAAACGGUCAAGAUGGACUCCUGCGCCGAUCUUCUUAAUGUGACGGUCGAGGAGGAGCUACCAGCCAACAUGUCGUCCCUCAACAAGAACAUGUAUGUGGCCAUCCAUCAUUGGUUCUACAAGUUUGGUUUACCAACCAUCUGCAUGUGCGGAUUCUUGGGGAACGUUAUGAACCUAAUGAUUCUAACGGGAAAACGGAUACAGAGGGCGUUACGCAUGACAGAACGGUCCGCAAAUAACGGUUUGGUGGCACUAGCUGUGUCGGAUUUGAUGUUCUGCCUCCUAGCAUUUCCCACCACGUUUCUACCAGAGGAUCAGCAGUUCCCCGACAAGGGCUUCUUUCUAUAUUAUGGUAUAUACUGUGCAGCAUUAAUCAACAUAUUCAUCAUGUCCAGUACCUGGCUGACAGUAGUAAUGGCAACUGAACGUUACCUCGCAAUCUGCCAUCCACUAAAAUCGCGUAAAAUUCUUACGAUGCAUCGUUCCAAGGUUGCCAUCGUAAUGGUAUUCGUGUUGUCCGUUGUUGUAAACAUUCCAGUGUUCUGGCGCUAUUCGUUCCGCGAAGAAUUUUGUGAUAAUUCAACACAUUACACCGCUGUCAUGCUGGAACUGUUUGGGAGUAAUUCGUUAGAUCAUGCGUACCGAACGGUCUGGGCCACCCUCGGGAACUUCAUUCCACUCAUUCUCCUUGUGUUCUUUAACUUCUGUUUAAUCCGACAGAUCCAUAAAUCCUAUGCAGAGCGCAGGAAAUAUGCCAAGGGCAGCUUUCGCGGCCACCAUGAAACUGAGACCAACAACCGUGUCACAGUCACUCUCAUAUCCAUCGUCGUCAUGUUCCUAGUUCUUGUCGCACCGUCAGAAGUUGUCAAGCACAUCGCAAAACUCGCCAAUGAAAACAUUGAAGAAAAUUAUACAUACAAGACAUUAGAAGUGAUCACAAAUGUGAUGCAAACAGUUAAUUUCUCCGCAAACUUCAUAUUAUAUUGCUGUAUAAAUCCCUCCUUUCGUCGAACUAUGAAGCACAUGUUCUGCGCACACUGCGAAAAACGCACCCGCGAGAAUGAGUUUUCUCGGUAUGAGACUUGCUUAUCAACAACACCAGAAAGUAUUAGGAAAAAAAUAUGCCCCGCACAGCCAAUAGUAUCGACUGUAGAGACGGAAAUUCCUAAUAAUUCAAAGGCAGUGUGUCUGCAACAGGAAAAUCCUCUUUUAGAGGAAGCAAGGCAAGAGACUGUAAAUGUAUGAUAUUGGGAGAACCACAGUGUAGUAGAGUUUGUAUCAAAUGUGUAAAUAUAUAUAUUACAUAUCUAUUUAUAAAGACAAUUAAAACAAACAAUUUUGUACUGAAAUGAGAGUUCAAUUAGGCAGCGUUGUGUGUGGCAGUCAAGUCAGCGGAUCAGUCACGAUAAUAUCCCAUCUUAUGCCCAUAAUCGAAGUGUAAGUAUAUCAUUUGGUCCUGCCAAGUCCAAAUAUUUUUUUCACUUGUUUUUUUUCUGCUCAAAAUGACGGAACAUCAUCAGCCCCCAAAAAAUUUUGGCUUUGAAAAAUUUUAAAAAUUUUGAACUUAUGAAAAAGUUCAACAAUUUUGGCGGGAAAACCUAAUCAUGCAUUUUGUCCCGGAUUCUCAACUUCACUAACGUGACCACCCUGGUACGCGAUCAUUCAACCUCAGUCCCAUGAGUGGUUGUGUUACCGGGUUCGACUGUAUAUCCUUGACCUAAAUACUGGACCAGGUCCUCUCACAUAUCAAUCUUGUGGGAGUCACACACUCUCCAAUGAAUGAAGUUCUUGUGACUUGAAAUCCUCUUACUUGACCUGGAGCACAACUCUGCAUGAAGAAAGCCCUCUAUUGGCUCCAGCAGGAAAUCUAUCCUCAUCGUAUCUGGAAGCAUUAACCACUGCUCAAGAGGUUAUGAUGAUUAUUAUUGUCGGACAUCACAAAAUUCCAAUCGGCUGUUGUCUAUAUUUCUGCUUAGCUAUCACAAUCAACACCAAAAGAACUGUAACGAAGAGCCAUGGGGAACUUCAGGCGCUUUGACUAGUCACCAUCACCAUUAUCACAAAUCAUCAUCAUCAUCAUCAUCAUCAUCAUCAUCAUCAUCAUCAUCAUCAUCAUCAUUGUUGUCAUAAUAAGAACCUAGAUUCAUUUUGGACAGAACUUCGAACUGUCCUCAGCAGCAACAGAUUUAUCUUGAACAGAUUCAUCCAAUCAUGUUCCUUCAUCAUCAAUGAUAUUCGACAUCAACAUCCAUGGUAACAAACUUCACUCUUAAAAGCAAAAUACUUCUCCCCAUGGUAACAGCCUUCAUUCCCAUGGAAACAUCCUUCAUCCCAUGGUGUCAUUAUUCAUCCCGCAUAACAGCCCAUAUUCCCUUGCAACAGCCUUCGUCCCAAUGGUAACAUUCUUCAUCCCCACUCGUCUGAAGCCCUUAUUAUAACUGUAACAGCUCUCACCCCAAUGGGGAAAGCUUUUGAAAUGGAGUGAAGAUACUGCACUACACUUGGCGAUUUCAGGUCAGCUGAAAGUAUUGAGGGACACUGGCCAACCCUCCAUCAACUUCAUUACAAGUCAGAUGCUCAUUUGUUCCUAUUGUUACAGCCUGUGGAUGAAUUUCAAUUGCCACUGCUAUGACAACCUUCAUUCUCAUAGUCACAACCUUUAUUCCUAUUGUUACAGCCUUCUUUCUUCACAUCAAAAGGCUUUUCAUCCUCAAGCCUUCCAUAACAUUCUACUCCCCCGAAUUCCUUCAAAUGUCCUCGUUCUACCUCAAUAAUGCUGUAACAAUUACCUCGUUUCCCACAUCAGCAGCCAUUUCACUUCCUCUCCCUCCCCCACAGCAAUUUCACAAACCAUUUCACACCUGAAAUCAUUCCACGAACACUAUGAUGACUUCCAAAGGAAAACGAUCCAUAAAUUUGCCAUUUCGUUUGUCAUCCCACUUUUUUCAAGCAAAUCAUUAUGACAAACUACAGGCUAUGAAGAAUUCAUAGUACAUCAAGUUUUUAUCCAUGACAUGGCUUUUCUUCAAAAAGUUCUGAAUUCCUGUUGGACUAAAAACUACUG